ACAAACGUAUUCAUACAGGUGAGGAACCAUAUCACUGUGAUAUGUGUGGUAAAUCAUUCUCUGCUCGCAGUAACUUAACUACACACAAGCGUGUUCAUACGGGGGAGAAACCAUAUCAUUGUAAUAUCUGUGGUAAAUCUUUCUCUGUUGGCAGUAGCUUAAAUACACACAGGCGUAUUCAUACAGGGGAGAAACCAUGUACCUGCAAUAUCUGCGGGAAAUCUUUUUCUGAUGGCAGUAGCUUAUAUAAACACAGAUGCAUUCAUACUGGGGAGAAACCAUUUCACUGUGAUAUCUGUG